AUGCGUGCCACCACCGCGAUCUCCGUCCUCUUCGCUUUGGCGGCCUCCGUCAGCGGAUGGACUCUGGCUCUCCACGAUACCGACGCUGGCUCUAACCCAAGCAACUACUACUCCCUCGAAGGCAGUGCCACAUCCGAGGGCUCGGCAGGCUGCAUCACCCUGCCAGGCAGCAUCCCAGGCGAUGUGUCCUACUGCCGAUUCUUCACCGGUGGUGGUAGCAGCUCCCAAGCCUGCUCAGCGGGAACUUUCACCAGCCCGUCUUCUGCACUCCUGAGGGACGGCGGAGCGUGCACUGUGUACCAUGGCGGACAGUGCUCUGGCGCUUACAGCGGCUGGGGCGCUGGUAGCAGGUCGAACGUCAACAACCCCUCUGCCAACUGGAACAGCGUUAAGUGCUGGAACACUUAG